AUGACAGGGUGUUUGUGUUGCUUGGUUUUGGCAACAGUCUUCGGGAACGCCCUGGUGGUCCUGUCGGUGUUUCAAGGUAGUUGUAGAAGUUUUUGCAAAUUGUGUCCUCAAGAAAGCACCUACAAGCCUCCUCCUUCGCAUUAUUUAAUUGCCAGUAUUGCUUUAGCUGAUUUAGUUCUGGGGCUUUUUGUUUUGCCCUUGUCUUGUGCUAGAGAAAUUGCUAAAGAUUGGUACAUGGGGGAAGUCUUGUGCAGUUUCUGGACAACUCUGGAUGUUCUCAGUUGUACUGCCAGUAUUAUUUCUUUGUGUGCAGUUGCUGUCGACAGGUACAUUGGUGUAUCAAGACCUCUAAGUUAUGUAAAACUGGUGACAAAGAAAAAAACAAGGCUAUUGAUUCUUGGGAUUUGGCUCGUAUCAUUUCUAAUUGCUGUGGGACCACCCUUGGGUUGGAAGGACCAUAAAAGUGAUGGUCACUACUUUCCUCGGUCCUUCCAUCGACAUCACACAGGAGCAGAUUGUCAUGUUAAUAAAGAAUUGGGAUACGUCAUCUUCAGUGCCACAGGAUCAUUCUAUAUACCAGCUUGCAUUGUUAUUGUCUUGUACUUGCUGAUUUAUCGAGUGGCCAGGAAUCAUGCUGAGGCCAUUAGAAAAGGUUCGAGGAUAAUGAAUAAACAGCUAAAUUCAUAG